CAAAAUUAUAUAGAUUCUAGCCCUAAAAUAUGUCACUCCCUCUAUAUGGUCACGGGGUCCGAGUUCCGAUGUUUAUGCCAGAAGAGGGUGAUCUGAAAUGGUUUGACCAUACGACAACAGGAUGGAAGAAAUUGGAUAUCGAACCAGUGUUGCACGCCUACAACAUUAACAGUUGGAGUUCUCUUGGCAUCAUUUACCUCCCGCAAUUCGCUCAUUUGGUUGUCAAUCAACUUUGGGCUCUUAUAGUUUCCGUAGCCGAUUUUGAGCUUUGCCUCUUGUGGUACGGGGGACACCAUGCUGGCCCUGACACCAAGGAAUUGAGUCCCUUGUAUUAUGCCAUGGUUUCAAUCUGCCUUGAUCCUAUGGCACCCACAGCCACUCUUUUGAAGGAAGCCGUAUUGGGCAUCAAUGCAGUUGAGGUUUUCAACUGCCUGCCAUAUGAUUCUGUUUCAGAUGACGACGAUCAUUCGCACUUGAUGGAAGAAGGGAGUCUAUGGUGCCUCUAGCAGCAGCAAGUGGAAUGCGCAGGUUAAAGAAUACGCAGUUCUGUUUCAGAAUGUGGACGGUUCGGCAAUGGUGCUGGGUUCUUUGUUGCAGACCAGAAAUACCUUUACGGCUUUACCCAGAUCCCCUCAGAUGCUGAACUGCCUCCAAAGAAGAAAAUGAAGGAAUCUGCCAUUU